UGAGGAUUGCCAUCGCUUGAUCAGACGGCUCUGGUAGCUCGAUCAAGACCUUAUCUGAUAAGGUGGAAUCUCCGCCCUUUUCCUCGAACGAAACGGACCGAAACGAAGAGCAGAUCGAAGUGGCUGCCCAAGGUCGGACAUGGCGAUGGCAUUCGCAGCGCUCCUCCCCAUCGUUUCUCCGACUGCCUCGCUCGCCCUACUCGCUGGCCGCGGCUGUCUCGGCCGAACCCCUCUGGCCUUUUCCAAGUCUUCCGCACCUCGUUCUGCCGUGCUCCUGCAUUCCUCCUUCCUUUCCUCCCCUUCUGCGUCGCUGUCGUUUCCUUCCUCCGUUACUGGACUGUCUUUAGGCAUUGAUUUCGGAUGUAAUAGAGUUGUGAAACAGAGGUACCACCGUCUGGUAGUGAGAGCUGGAAAGGCUGUACUUUGCAUGACAAAGAGGAAUAGAUCUCGAAAGUCGCUUGCUCGGACACAUGGCUUCCGCAGACGAAUGAGAACCACCAGCGGAAGAGCAGUUUUGAAGCGAAGACGCGCAAAAGGGAGGAAAGUUCUUUGCACAAAGUCAAAUCCAAACAGUGGAAAGAGGGCGUGAUCACAGGUGAAGUUCUGCACCGUUACUCAGUUGUAUUCAUUCAGCUUUUCAUGCUAGUCUGACUCUGAUCCAGACAUGUCGUGUUUUGUCAAUUUUCUUGGUUAUGUAAGCACAAUCUAUUCUUAUUGCGAAGCUUGUUCAGUGUUUGGCUUGAUACUAGACGUCCAUCUGAUGGAACAGUAUCAUAUAUACAGGAAUUUUUUUCUUUUGGA